ACUCAUAGAUUCUUUAACUUUGGUUUGUUUUCUUUGUUCUUUUCCUUAUACCAUUUUCUUACAUAUAUUCCAUAGUUUGAUACUGGCCUUUUCUUUUUACUAAAGAAAGAUCUAUACUCACUUUAACAUUUCAUAAGAAAAAAAACCAGAGAUGAGUAAUUUUGCUGAGAAAAAACCACAUGCAGUGUUAACUCCAUAUCCACUUCAAGGUCAUAUCAAUCCAAUGUUAAAACUAGCAAAACUACUUCACCUUAGAGGCUUUUACAUAACAUUUGUCAAUACUGAAUACAAUCACAAACGCUUGCUUAAGUCAAUGGGUCCAAUACCCUUUGAUGGUUUCACUGACUUUCGCUUUGAGACCGUUCCAGAUGGUUCAACUUCACAUGGUGAUGAUGUUAGUCAAGACUUCCAAUCUCUUCGUGAAUUAAUCAGAACGAACUUCAUCGACAGUUUUCGUGAACUUCUUGCCAAACUUCAUGACUCUUCCAAAUCUGGUCUUAUACCUCCUGUUACUUGCUUAGUUUCUGAUAGUUUCAUGUCAGUUACCAUACAAGUUGCUGAAGAACUUGCACUCCCAAUUGUUCUCCUUAUCCCAUCUAGUGCUUGUUCUUUCUUGUCUGCUUUACAUUUACGUACAUUGAUUGAGAAAGGUGUCAUACCCCUCAAAGAUGAGAGUUAUCUAACAAAUGGAUAUUUGGAGACUAAAGUUGAUCGGAUUCCAGGUUUGCGAAAUUUCAGACUGAAGGACUUUCUUACUUGCAUAAGGACAACAAAUCCUAAUGAUUCGUUGAUAGAAUUUCUCAUUGAAGUAGUAGAUAGAUUUCACAGAGCCUCUGCUAUUGUUUUCAAUACUUUCAAUGAGCUUGAGAGUGAUGUUAUGAAUGUUCUCUAUUCUAUGUUCCCUUCUCUAUACACCAUUGGCCCUUUUGUUUCUUUUUUAAAUCAAAGUCCACAGAAUCACUUGGCGUCUUUAGAUUCAAGUCUUUGGAAAGAAGACACUGAAUGUCUUGCAUGGCUUGAAUCGAAAGAACCGGGAUCUAUUGUAUAUGUAAAUUUUGGCAGUACCACAGUCAUGUCUGUAGAAAAAUUGUUAGAGUUUGCAUGGGGUUUGGCCAACAGCAAGAAACCCUUUUUGUGGAUCAUUAGGCCUGAUCUUGUCAUUGGUGGCUCGGUGAUUUUUUCAUCUGCGUUUGUGAAUGAAAUUUCAGAUAGAGGCCUAAUCGCGAGUUGGUGUCCACAAGAGAAGGUGUUGAACCAUCCUUCAAUUGGUGGAUUUCUAACUCAUUGUGGAUGGAACUCAACCAUUGAGAGCAUAUGUGCUGGAGUGCCAAUGUUGUGCUGGCCAUUUUUUGCUGAUCAGCCGACAAACUGCAGAUACAUUUGCAACAAAUGGGAGAUUGGGAUCGAAAUUGACACCAAUGUCAAGAGAGAGGAGGUGGAGAUGCUGGUAAAUGAAUUGAUGGUGGGAGAGAAAGGAAGGAGGAUGAGGCAAAAGACAAAUGAGUUGAAGAAGAAGGCAGAGGAGGACACAAGACCGGAAGGUGGUUCAUAUAUGAACUUGGACAAAGUGAUUAAGGAGGUGUUGCUUAAACAAAAUCAAACUUAAGUGACUUCAUUUCUGAAAAGCAGUACUGUAUAAAUUCAUUGAUGUUCUCCUAUUCAAGUGAUAAUGCUAUUGACACUAAUAUGUAAUCAGUUCAUGAUGAUGGAAUUGAACUCAUCUUCAGAAAUUAUUCCUAAACUAAAAUAGUUAUUCCAAAACCACUUUGUUUUUGUCUCGAA